CCCCAACGGAUUAUUUAAAACUCACAUAGUGAGUCUCAACUGCUUUAUUCAAUUUUUUCCCCUUAUUCACCUGGUUAUAACGGCUGAUGCACGGCUACUUUGUUCCCAGGACAGCCAAUGUUCCAAUUGUGCGUCUACGUGUGUUUUGAACUUAUUCGUAAUGGAACAGGCCAAUGAUAUCGUGUUUAGAGGUAAGUCUAAUAGAUGUCCACUCGAAUAACCAGCGAGAAGACAGAGAUAAACUUUGGUAGAUCAAUUACAUAGAAGUAUCUCAUUGUGGAAAUAACUUUGGUAGAUCAAUUACAUAGAAGUAUCUCAUUAUGGAAAUAACUUUGGUAGAUCAAUUACAUAGAAGUAUCUCAUUAUGGAAAUAACUUUGGUAGAUCAAUUACAUAGAAGUAUCUCAUUAUGGAAAUGGUUAUGAUCAUUUCUUUAAAGCCCUUUUUAUGAUUAAAAAAUAUUUUUAAAAUAUACUUAUCCCCCUACAUCCUCUCUCUCUCUCUCUCUCUGCCCCUACCCCCUAUUCCAAUAGACACACUUUUCUUUAAGGACAAUAAUCACGAAUUUGUGACGAUUUAUUGUGAUAUGUCUAAAUUGUGUGACAAAUAAGCGCCAAUUUAUUGUGAGUUGUCUAAAUAGUGUGACACAUAAGCGACAAUUAAUUGUAAUAUGACUAAAUUGUGUGACAAAUAAGCGACAAUUUAUUGUGAUAAGUCUAAAUUGUAUGACACAUAAGCGACAAAUUAUUGUGAUAUGACUAAAUUGUAUGAUAAAUACGCGACAAUUUAUUGGGAUAUGACUAAAUUGUGUGACAGGUAAGCGACAAUUUAUUGUGUUAUGUCUAAAUUGUGUGACAAAUUGUGACAAUUAUUGCAGGGGCGUUUUAAAUGAACGGAAAUAGCCUGGAAUUAUGCAUGAAUAAAUAUUUAUUUCGAGGAUUUCAUUUAUGUAUUUUUAUCACAUUUAAUUGAUGUUUAAAAAAAAAAUAAUGCGUUUCUCGUAUAAAUAAAAUUCAUAAGCCAUUAUAAAUGUAAACAGUAAACAGUAAACAGUAAACAGUAUACAGUAAACAGUAUAGGAUCUUCUUCUGUUUUUUUCAAAUCUAUGGGGUAAGGUCGCCGUAUAUAACUCAUAAUGUAGAGUAAUCGCUAGAAGAGUUUCCCAACCCUUGCUUUAUAAAAUAGGAUCUAGUUUAUUAUUUUAAAUGGUGACCAGGGCUCAUCUUUUCCCGUGUUGACCCACUUCAUUUAUUGAAUGUUUUUAUAUUGUGUUAGUAUUGUAUAAAUGUUGUACGUUAAAAAAAAAAAAAUUUUUCUAAAAUAUAAAAAUAUUUAUCUUUUUUUUUUUUAUAAAGCAUAUGUUCGCAUCUUUAUUGUAAAUUUAUUGGCAUAUGCUAUGACCAGAAUUAUUCUUAUAAAUGUUGUAAGUUAAAAAAAAAAAAUUUUUCUAAAAUAUAAAAAUAUUUAUCUUUUUUUUUUUUAGAAAGCAUAUGUUCGCAUCUUUAUUGUAAAUUUAGUGGCAUAUGCUAUGACCAGAAUUAUUCUAGUUCUCAAUCGUGAUUUUAGUACUCAGACUGAUCAGUAACUUUCUGGCACUGUCUGGGAAGUCUUUCAAAAAAAGAGGAAGAAACUAACAUUGUACAAUCGGAUGUUAAAUAUUUAUGAAUUAGCCGGUCCCACAUUCAACCUUUCAUGCAGGCCUCAACAACUCAAAAUGUAAGGCGGGCCGUAAUACUUUAUGCAAAACUUUUGCGGGCCAAAAUAAGAUGGGACAGAGGGGAAAGCUAGUAAGAAAAUAAUAGUAAAAGAAUAUUUCGUUACUUUGCGGGCCGCAAAGUCGGUGCUGGCGCGCCGUAUGUUGUGCAAGCCUUCUUUAAUGGAUAAGUUGAAUUUAGUUAUAGCUUUUAAAUGCGUGGGGAAAAUUAUUUACCCCAAAAAAUUGACUGUAUAAAGUUUGAGUUCAUACGAGCGAUGUGCACUUUUCAACGUUUAUUUAAGCAUUAGUAAAACAAAAAUCCGAGAGAACACUGACGUCAUGAUUUUGUUUUUCUUCAAGAUGGAGCUCAAAGAAGAGUCACUGAUCGCCCACAGGUGAGACACAAAAAAACUUAUUAAACUACUCACAGCAACUGCUUCUUUGAACAAUAAUUGUGACAGCCUUACUAAUCAAUGGUGUUCAAUUAAAAUCUGAGCGCGGGUCAUAAAUUAACACUAAAUUAAAUGUCUAUUCCAAGUAGUUUCUUUUUUUUUAAAUACGCCUCACGUUUAAUUAAGGUCUCCACACUAAUGUAAUUAUAAACUAGUUUAAGGCUAUGAACAUCAUAUUUUUCUUUUCAGUUAAAACUAGUUAUGUGGCUGUACAUUAGCCAGCAGUAUGGCUAGACACGUGAGACAGUAGCCAGUGGUUUGGCUACACACGUGAGACAGUAGCCAGUAGUUUGGCCACACACGUGAGACAGUAGCCAGUAGAGUCGCUACACACGUGAUACAGUAGCCAGUAGAGUGGCUACACACUUGAGACAGUAGCGGCUGACGUUUUAACUGUGUUAUUUUCUGAAAGAAUUCAAAAAUGUGCGGAAUAAAAAGAUAUGAUUCGCAAAAAGUUAGCGAAGAAAAAAAACAGUUCAAGUACGGCCGUUGUACACAGAAAACCACCGAUUUUUUUUGUAUCGAUAACCGGAAUUCGUUUAAUAACACAACAGUUUUGUUUCUUCACUUGGGUCUAGAAAAGAGUAGCGAAACCAGACGCUAACAUAUUUAUGUAUGUUUUGUUAUACAUGCAUUUGUAUUUAAUCUUUUGCAAACAUAAUUUUUAAAUUUGAUAGAUUUAAAGUAUUUCAAACGUGGAUGAUGAAACAUGUUUGCGAUAACAUUUGUAACCGUUAAUUGUUACAAAGCUUUUAUUUUUUAUUUUAUUAAUUUUUUUUAAAAAGAAAAUACAAGGAGAAAAUGUGUCAUGAACUUGUUAAUUUUGUUUGAUGAUUAUCAGAACUGCAACGUUCUUAUAGAAUUGAAAAUUAAGUUAGAACGGUUCCAUGAGGAUAUUGCCGAGUCAGAGGAGGACUUGAGGCCUGUGAACGAUACGUACCUCUGCAGAGGUUGCCACGAUGGUUCUGGAUCAGACACUAACACGGAUUUGGAGGUGUUGCCAGGCAUUCUAGAUGUGAUCGGGAAUAGAGUCGAGUCUCAUUAUGGCAGUCACCAACCUCGGCGGUCUGGCGAACACGUGACGGGUAAUUAAAUGUGUGACAGUUGUCUUUGGCAUUAGUUUAAUUGCAAUUAUUUUAUCCGAUUUUUCAGCUUUGGGCCUGAGGUCUCAAGGAAGUUGAGGCAUUUCGGGUGACAAUAACGUGUAUUUUAACAAGUUAUACAACUCUAAGACAUUGACUGCGAAAUCAUACAAUUGGAUGAAUAAUGUCAUAUUUGUCGUAAUAUUUUAUAUUGUAGUGAUACUUCAUAUUGUAGUGAUACUUCAUACAUGUAGUAGUGAUGUUUCAUUUUUAUAGUGAUAUUUCAUAGCUGAAGGGAUAUUUCAAAUUUGUAGCCAUAUAUCGUAUUUGUCACAAUAGUGUUUUAAACUGGAACACUUGCCAUGGCAUUAAGUCAGUGCACGCAGGAACUGAGGUGCGAAAGAAGUAAAUUAACAUCUAGUUUAGUUUGUGUUAAUUAAAGAAAUUCUUGCUUCAAAGCUUCAUUAUACAAAAAUCUGUCCUACAACCCGCAAUGCGCAGUGAUUGAUUGCAAUCCUGAUUACUUUGCAUGCUAAAAGAAAACCAAUUAUUAAGUGAUUAGCUGUUUUUAAGGAAACACAUUUUUUCCUAAUUUUUGAAACGUUUAACGGGAAAAAUAUUUCAGAAACAAUUUUUGGCAACGUUGAUGACUGCUUAGAAUGAUGACUAAGAUAUUCUGUGUGUGCUUUUGUCUAUUAUUUAUUUUUGGUGUUCAUCAUUGAUGGGUUUAGUCGCUGGUUCUUUUCAACAAGAACUUCUCAAACAUUCGAAGAAUGAACAAGCAUGCAUCCAAAAAGUGUACCUGAAAACAGGAGAAGAAGGAUUUUGUUUAUUUUUUAUUUUUGAAAAUCAACCUGUUAGAAUAAAAGAUUGUUUAAAAGUAGAUGCAGGGCCAUAUUUAAUUUCAUUGCUAGUAUUCUGUUGUGAAGUCUAUAGCCCACUACCACAUAUUCAAUGGUGGACUUAAGUGCUGUACCAUAGAGCCCACUACCACAUAUUCAAUGGUGGACUUAAGUGGUGUAGCCUAGUGCCACGACCACAUAUUCAAUGGUGGUCUUAAGUGGUGUAGCCUAGUGCCACGACCACAUAUUCAAUGGUGGUCUCAAGUGGUGUAGCCUAGUGCCACGACCACAUAUUCAAUGGUGGUCUCAAGUGGUGUAGCCUAGUGCCACGACCACAUAUUCAAUGGUGGUCUUAAGUGGUGUAGCCUAGUACCACGACCACAUAUUCAAUGGUGGUCUUAAGUGGUGUAGCCUAGAGCCCUUAAGACGUUAACAUGUUUUGAAUAAUUUUAUAAAUAAAUAUUUAAUUCGGAUUUAUUGACGUCAACAACUACUUUGUAUUAUCUACUUUCAGAAUCGACCCAUCGCAAUGCUUCAUAUUUAACUUUAGGUAGAUCUUAUUUAUUACGUCUUUUCGUAAUCACCAACGAUUUUCUUUUAAUGGGUGCAUUCAUUGAUCCACCAACAAUAUUUGUUUGCAUUUAAUAUGCAGUUUUAACGAAACAAACAAAACAUUAAAUACUUUGAAGAACGAUUGGAUCUAUUCCACUGCUUUAAUUUCGUCAAAAUCUUUCAAAGUUUUUAAAAGUAGAAAAUUUUCGUAUUACUUUUCUAAACAGUUAUAUAAGACAAUAUAAGAUAUAGGAAUAAUAGUAUCUAUUUAUAACAUAGCCUAAAAGUUACUUUUAUAAUAACAUUCACAAAAAAAAGUUUAGCGAUUUAAAUAAUAAUUAUUUGUUAAUUUAGAGAUGUGUUUCUGGCGUAGCUAUGUUUCCAUGUCCACGUGUACACGUGUACACGUCUAUCACAACAAACUCUGUGCAAUUAAUACGGGUCUCUUUUUUUUUAUAUUAAAUUUACGGAUCAGAUCAACUGUCGAUAUCGAUCAUGGAAACGGGAGGAGGUGUUGCAGAAUCUGUGAGUCUUUGUUUUACUAUAAAUUAUGUGUCAUAGGGUACAUGUGCACAAAGCCUCCCCUUCAAUCAAAAGGUUUAAGCUACGUCUCUUAUCUUUUUCCUGCAUUUUUUUUGUUGUUGUUGGUUGUGGGAUAGAACUGCAAUGUUAGCUGUAAACGUCAUGGUCAUUCAGUUAUUGCCAUGGUGUCCAGGACGACCGAAAAACAAUGAGAAAAUAUGUUUUAAUACAAAAAAAAACUAAUGGCCUUUUUAAAAAAUUAAUUUUAUUAUUUUUAAAAAACAAGACGGUAAUGGGGAUUUAAAUUCUACUGCAACUCUAGCCACGGUUAUUGUCAAUAUUGUAACUAUGAACAAACGAAUGAGAAUUCUUAUUUUCAAUAAAUCCAUUUCUCAAAUUUGUAACACCGAGAAUCGAAUGAACCUAUUAGCAAUUGAUUUGUUUAUCGAUCAGGGCAGGGGAGGAGCAACAUUACGAAACAACUGCAACUGUACGAUGAGGCUAGGUAAAAUCUUGACGCGUGGCAAGGCGGACUUCUUUCGGUACAAGGAGUAUCUAGAGUCCACGGUUUGUUUGGUCGACCAUGACAAGUCGAACGUGACGGAGACGAUAGGCCAACUCAUCCGUACCGUCAAGACACGACUGCCGGGCUUGAGUGCCGUGUAUGAGCAGCACAGGAACGGGCACACGUCAGGCAACGGUAGGGUUCAUCCAUUGCGUAUCUGUCCACGGAUGGUUCAACAUUCCUUGUUAGGCAUUCAGCCGAGAGUUCACUGUUUGGGGCACACAAGGGGAGAAAUGGGGGGGGGGGAUUUUCAUGGUCUUAUCUCAUGUCUGUGAAACAAUGCAUUCCCUCGUUUGUCUGUCUUCCUCUGUACAUCUCCCUCUCUCUAUUUCUAUCUCUGCCUCUAUUUAUCUCUCUCUAUCUCUUUCUACCUUCUACCCCCGUGUCUCUCUGUCCCUAUCUUUCUUUACCUCUCUCUUUUUCUCCUUAUUUCUCUCAUUUUGUCACGGCUAUUUCAAUUACAACGCUGUCCGUGCUCUACCCAACACAAUGCGUGUACCACCUUAGUUAUUGUUUGUACCACCAUAGUUAUUGUUUGUACCACCAUAGUUAUUGUUUGUACCACCAUAGUUAUUGUUUGUACCACCAUAGUUAUUGUUUGUACCACCAUAGUUGUUGUUUGUACCAACAUAGUUAUUGUUUGUACCACCAUAGUUGUUGUUUGUACCAACAUAGUUAUUGUUUGUACCACAAAAGUUAUUGUUUGUACCUCUAUAUUAUUGUUUGUAUCACCUUAUUUAUUGUUUGUACCACCAUAGUUAUUGUUUGUAUCUCCAUAGUUAUUGUUGGCACCUCCAUAGUUAUUGUUUGUACCUCCAUAUUAGUGUUUGUACCACCAUAGUUAUUGUUUGUACCACAAAAGUUAUUGUUUGUACUCCAUAUUAUUGUUUGUAUCACCUUAUUUAUUGUUUGUACCACCAUAGUUAUUGUUUGUACCACAAAAGUUAUUGCUUGUACCUCCAUAUUAUUGUUUGUAUCACCUUAUUUAUUGUUUGUACCACCAUAGUUAUUGUUUGUACCACAAAAUUUAUUGUUUGUACCUCCAUAUUAUUGUUUGUAUCACCUUAUUUAUUGUUUGUACCACCAUAGUUAUUGUUUGUACCUCCAUAUUAUUGUUUGUAUCACCUUAUUUAUUGUUUGUACCACCAUAGUUAUUGUUUGUACCUCCAUAGUUAUUGUUUGUACCACCAUAGUUAUUGUUCGUUCCACCAUAGUGGUUGUCUAAUUAAUUAGUUGUAGCGACUUAUUCAGAUGUAGUUCAUCAGACCUUGAUUCACUUAUACAUACUAUAUAUAUUUAUAUAGUUUUGUAAAGUUUUGUACUUGCAUAUAAUAAUCUCAUUUAAAUACCAAUUGACGUUGAAAUAUUUAAAUCAAUACUCUGCAUAUCUUGCUUUUUUUACAUGGCUGACAGUGCGUGACAGUGGCGUUGGGAACUCUGUCAACAGUCGAGGUAAGAAGAUUACUGGAUAUCAGAUAUUUUAUACGAAUCUAAUAGCGUGGUGUUACAAGUGCGCGACAUUUAAAAAAAAAAAUAUGAAUAACUUUCAGUGAAUCUUCUUCUAAGAGCUAAGUUGUGCAGAUGGGGGCAUUCAGCUCAAACGUUAGUUUGAAUGUUUUGUGGUGUUAGUCAAUGUGCAGCCUGUCCCGAUCUCAAUGCUUCAUUACAAAAACUGUUAAAAUAUAAACACAUCUGUUAUAACACAUGUGUUUAUAUUUGAAUAGUUUUUGGACUCUAGGGUAUGUAACCUCGCCAGUGGGGUGGAGUUUCACAAAAAUCCAUUUACUGUGCAGUUAACACGGUUCAUUUUUAAUGCAACGAAGAAUGGGAGCAAGGGGAAAAUAACUCAAACUCAAAGUCUAUGUCAUUGUCAACAUCAUGGUCAUUAUCAACAUCUGUGUCAUUAUCAACAUCUUUGUCAUUAUCAACAUCUGUGUCAGUAUCAACAUAUGUGUCAUUUUCAACAUUUGUGUCAUUUUCAACAUGUGUGUCAUUAUCAACAUCUGUGUUAUUAUCAACAUCUGUGUCAUUAUCAACAUCUGUGUCAGUAUCAACAUCUAUGUCAGUAUCAACAUCUGGAGCUGACAUAUUUUUGUGCUGGUUUGAAGAAAAGUUGAAGUGUUCAAACGGGAUAAUUUAAAGCUUGGACUUUACACCGUACACGAUGUUACGCCAAAGGGCUUUCAAUGUUCCGAGUCUUUAAGCCCGGCGCUGUUUCUGACGUUGAUCGUUCGUGUUCUACUUUAGAGAAAGUAUCUUUCAUUUAAAAUAUCAACAUCUUGUUCAUGUUUCAGUUCUCAGUUCAGAGGCUACAUCGAAUCCUGACAUUUAGAUGACUUUCAUCGGAAUUCAGGCCACCCUAUGGAGGAAUAUAACCUUAGAUUGAUGACUUUACUGGAACAGUGGGGAGUUCUGAGAUCUGUUUAAGUCUUUCAGUGUUUUAAGAAGAAGAAAGUGAAACCUUGAUGCCACCGGAUGGAAUUCACAGUUCACUGGAACACAAAACGGAAUUGUGCCUUUAAUGUACAGCUGUAGUUAUUGACAUUGCAUCUUUCAUGUACAGUUGUAGUUGAUAUUGUGUCUUUCAAGUACAGUUGUCCCAUUUAAAAAUUGAACUGAAAUUCAACACACAAAAACAUUCCAAAAAAAAAAAAAAUUCCAGACAUCUCUUCUCUGCGUGUUGGGCAGAUUUCGUCUUCUUAAAUAUAUAUCAUGGGCCCAAGCUCAAUUGUUUUGAUAAUUCUGGCUCCUAUGAAUAUGGAUUGAUUUGCAAUGCUUCUGUGCCUUGUGCUGAAGAGGAUAUAUUUCACUGGUUGCAAGUGCUACUCAGCAAGGGAAUCAGGAACCGGGGUUUGGAAGCUCUUAGGCAACAGACGCAAAUGUUUCAAGUGUUGUCGCCUCAACCGUUGUCUGUUGAUGAAACAAAUCUGUGUCUAAAAGCAUAAUCUCUAUUGUAACUUACAUUUUUAAAAAGGGUAUUAUUUUUAACUAUAGAUAUAUUGUACGAUAUAUGUUCCAGAUAUUGAAACUUGUGAGCAAACGUGUUCAGGAAAAUUGAUAUUAGUUGUAUAACUUACCGAUCAUCUUUCAUUCAGUAACCAAGGUAUUAGUAACACACGUUACGCUGUUUUGUUCCGUCCUUUAUUCGGGUUUUCAAAAUACUUUGGCUCAUGUACUACGUCAUGCAAGCUGAUUGCUCUCUUGUUUUGACUGCACGCAAGCCUCGGUUGAUUUAAUCCUAGACAACUUGGUAUAUGCUCAUACGUUUUGCCAGUUAAUCUCAGCGGUGCUGAUUUGAGGCGGUCCCCUAAUACGCGGGGAAUUUUAAAAUGUUUUUAGAAACUAAAUCAAUAAAACAAUCGUUUAAGUUCCCAUGAACCACGUGUCAUAUUAUACUAGCCCAUACCUAGUACAUUUUUGUCCCUUCAAAAUAGAGCUAUGUUUAGCCCCCAACCCUUAUCUCCAUCCAUUAUUAGUAUGUCCUUGAUAUUAACGUCACCGAGUGAAUGUGCUGUGUCAUCCCUUACCCACCCCGCCCUAGGUUGGGAAAAGGUUGUUUGCGUUCGAAUGCGCUCUAUUUGAUAUAAAUAAUACCAUCAGGUGACGCAGUGGCUAGAAUUUCUUUACCAUAACGUUCAAAUUUAAUUCCCAUUUACAUUUAUAUAGGUCGUCGAGUUUCCUAGCAGAAAGAUCGAAAAGGGGGGGGGGGGGUUUGCUGUACGAG